AUGAUUAGGUUUAUCUCUGCACCAGUAUUUGGUAUAGCUGCUUACUUGGACUUUUUGCAAUCAAGUGUUUUGUUUUUCAGUAGGGAGUCGAUCAGACUAUCGGUUCAGCGCGUUAAGUUUGAUCAAUCGAAAACCAAGACUCUACAGAAGGUGGUGAAUUUAGGGUCGGUAGCAACAUUGUUGGGGGUUCCCAUAACUAUUAUCGUUGGCUAUCUUCAAGGCUAUCGAUCGGCUAAUUUUCAAGAUUUUCUAUUGAAACUACCUUUCCAUAAGCUUGCUAUUGCAACGCUUUUGGUGCUGACUUUUUUGGAAUUGGCAAUAGAACCAAUUUACUGUGUAUACCAAUAUGACUUGGAUAUUGGUAAAAGAACCAAGUUUGAAGGAGUUGCCAUGUUUAUGAAAUGCGCCAUGACCUUUGUGUGCGUGCUUUUGUCGAGUCGAUUUUUCGAGGGUCGAGAAUUUGAUGGUGUUGCUACUUUGUCUUUUGUUUUGGGGCAGUUUGCUUAUUCCUUCACGUUAUUUGCAAUGUACUUGUACUCAUUUAGCGGAUUUAACAAGGCAAACAACACUAACUUACAGUUGUUUGUGGUACCUGUAGAUGAAGGGAAAACCAUUUACUUUGAUUUUGGUCUGUUGCAGAUCUUUAAAAGCUUUUUUGUUCAAAUGAUAUUUAAGCAGCUUUUAACUGAAGGAGACAGGUUUUUGAUAAGUUAUUUGUGUACCAUUGAAGAGCAAGGCAUCUAUGCAAUUGUCACAAAUUACGGCUCGAUCAUUGCAAGACUAUUGUUUCAGCCUCUUGAAGAAUCAACAAGAUUGAUGUUAACCAAGGUCAUAAACAAUGGUAGCAGUGACGGCGACACUAGAUCAUUGAAGGCAUCUUAUUUUGAAACAUUUACAUACAUCAAGAUGAUUUGUUUAUUUUAUUUCAAUUUAUGCUUAUUCAUAAUCUUUGCAGGUGUUACCAAUGGUCCAUUUUUGUUGAAAUUUUUGAUACGCAGAGGGGAUAAUUGGUCAAAAUCAGAUAUAUACGACCUAUUUCUAGAAUAUAUUGCAUAUAUUCCAUUCCUAGCUUUCAAUGGUAUAUUUGAAGCAAUUUUCACUAGCGCUGCUAAAUCCGACGAAGUGAAAAGAUAUUCAAAAUUUAUGACUGUGAUGACUAUUCUGCUUUUAGCAGUUCUGUAUUAUUUGAUAACAAUCUUGGAUCUCCGUUUGUCGGGGUUGAUCAUUGCCAAUAUGCUAAAUAUGUCUUUGCGAAUGAUCUACUGUUUCAAAGCCAUUGCAAAAUACUACGGUGCGGCUCAUAUCAAUAUCGACAUUUUCAGAGUGCUACAGUAUAUAACACCCUCGGUCAUAAUCACCGCGGCUACUUUUGCUACACAGCAUUACAUUGUCUUUAAAGGACGCUCUUUUAUUGCUAAAGAUUGGUCAGAGUUAAUCCAGGGUAUUAUUGGUUCAGGGAUUUUACUUUUCAAUUUGUUAAUACUAGAAAGACAAAACUUGGAGCGUAGUAUUAAGAGCUUUUUCAAAAAGAAGGAGAAGAAGAGUACAUAG